AUGGACCGUAACCCAUUGCCGCCUCCUGACAGAGAUGAUGAGACAGCUGAAGAGGAUGAUGCUAUUGGAGAGACUGUGUAUAGCAAGCAUUGGCUCUUUAGCACCUUAACCCGCCUUAUACAGAUGGUGACAGAGCAGGACUCCGAACAGGGAGAAGGUCUGACAGAACUGUCGGAUGAGCUUGAGGAGGAGCUGUGUAAAGUCUGGGAUAUGGCCAUGGACAAGGAUGUGGCUGGUUUUCUACAGGAGUUCAAAACUCCAGAUAUCCUGUUGGGAGUAAUUGCCAAGUCCCAUAAUCCACGCCUUACUGAAAUCUGUAUAGGAAUUCUGGGAAAUAUGGCCUGUUUCCCUGAGACAUGCGCAUACAUGUCAAAGUCCAAGCCCAGAGUCAUACUUGAGUCCAUGCCCAUGCUGAGGCCUGUGUCUAUGCCCACAUUCAAAUUCAUGCCCAUGCCGACAUCAGGGUCCAUGCCCAUGCUCAAUCCCAGUAUUAUGCCUGAGUCCAUGCCCAUGCCUUAG